AAUCCUAUAAUUUAUCGAUUUUAUAUAAUUAGCCCAAAUUCUAAACGCAAAAUUUUCUAAGGGGUCAACUCCGGCGCCCGCAGCCUGAAAUGAGCGCAGUACGGACACUAGCCACGGUUGCCGCCGGCUUCACUGCAAGACAAGCGUUUCAAGCGUCUUCAGUUUCUCAUCCUCUUCACACUUUUUCUUUUCAUCCAACUUCUUCUCUCAUUUUCAUCCCUUCAUUCAAACAACACUCAUUAGGAAUAUGUCACCUUGCACAAGCUAUAAAGGGUGAUGUUGAUGAUUUAGUUAAGGGUGUUGGAGAUAAAAGUUCCAUUGAGGAAGUGAAGCAUAUUCUGGAAAUGGCGAAGCGGGCUUCGUUAAAGAGAGGAGUUCUACACACAGAUUUUGUAACCCCUCCAGUUUUGAAGGAAUCAAUGAUAGUGUUGGAAAAAUUAGCUGAUGUUAAAGCAGUUGCACAGGGAGGAUACCCUCAGGCUGAGCGAUGCCGAAUUUCUGUUGGACAUCCAGAAGCAUUGACAAGUGGUCCAGAUGUAGUUGCUGCACUGAGUAUUGCAGGAAAUUUUGGAUUUCAACCUUGCUCUCAUGGUGACUUCCUUGGUGCUAUUCUUGGCACUGGGAUUGCUAGGGAAAAGCUUGGAGAUAUUAUCUUACAGGGAGAAAAGGGCGCUCAGAUUCUAGUUGUUCCAGAACUCGCUGACUAUAUUAUAUCAUCAUUGGAGAAGGUUGGUAAUGUUUCAGUCUCUUGUACAAAGAUACCGUUGCUUGCUCUAGAAUAUGAACCACCAAGGACUAAGUCAUUCAAAACCAUAGAAGCAUCACUGAGGGUUGAUGCCCUAGCAAGUGCAGGUUUUAAGAUAUCACGGUCAAAACUAGUUAAUUUGAUCAGUAACGGGGAUGUGCGAGUUAAUUGGACCACAGUUACAAAAAAUGGUGCUGCUCUCAAGACUGGUGAUAUUGUCUCAGUUAGUGGCAAAGGAAGACUACAGAUAGGAGAAAUAAACUCCACAAAGAAAGGGAAAUUCGCAGUUGAGCUUAUUCGAUAUCUAUAGGAAUCUUACCACAUGAACUAUUUUAUGGUCUUGGAGCUAAACUGAUGGGUGCCAUCUAGAUUACAUGAUUCGACACUUGAAGUGGUAGAGAGCUUAAUAGUAUUCGCCAUUGAUCUUAAUGUUCGAUAUCUUGACUGUAUAAUUUGAGUUCCAAGAAGUGCUCUACCACUAUGUGCCUAUCUUUGAUUUGAUCUCUUCCUUCCCCUGUGAAGUCAAGUAAUGACACAGACAGAUUUAUCUUCUCAGGAGCCAACAGGGAUCUUAUGGAAAGUCAACCCAAGAAGGACUAAUGGUGUUACAUUCUUAUGUCAAAUAAUUUUCUUGUAUGUUUAUUUUUCUGUUUGAUCCCUUUGAUUACAUUCUCAGUGUAUGAUGAAUCUUUUCUUUUCUUCC